ACAAAAGCUGUAAGCUUCCCACAUAUUUUACAUUUCAAGCAGUCUUUUACUUUCAAUCAAUUAAGGACAACCGCAAUCAAUGGCUAAAGUUUCAUAAUUUUCUUCUCCACCACAUAGAAUUAGUAACAGAGAGGAAAAAAAAAUAUAUUAUGUAUAAUGGAAUUGCUUUUUAUUUACUUCUCGUCAAGAUUGGAAAGGAGGAGAGAAGAAGGCGGUUCCUGCAAGUUCUUUAUAUAAUCAUCAAGAUUGGUGUUUGGAUUAAACAUUGAGAGUACUAGGAAGAUCUUUAUGUUUAUGUUCAUAAAGAUUUGUAAUAAUCAGCAGAAACAUUUGUUUCCUGAAGAAGAUGAAGUUUGGGAAAGAAUUCGUUGCACAGAUGGUACAGGAAUGGCAAGAAGCAUACAUGGACUACAACUAUCUGAAGAAAAUCUUAAAAGAAGUCUUGCAUUCCAAACAAAGAAACACUCCAUCUCCCAUGGCGGCAGCAGCAACCUCAAAAGGUUCUUUGAAGAGAAGGGCAUCCCUCUAUAGAGCCUUCAGUGGCCUAACAAACCGAUAUAGGGGCUCUCCAAGAAAGAAUGUCAGUGAAGAAGAAGUGAUAUUAAUAAGCGCAGUGAAAGAAGAGGGAGGAGAAGGCCGUUACCAGACCAUGUUUAUGAAUGCAUCAGGGGAAGGAGGCGAGCUUGAACUUAUGUUCUUUAAGAGGCUUGAUGAUGAGUUCAAUAAGGUGGUCAAGUUUUACAAGAAAAAAGUUAAAGAAGUUAUGGCAGAGGCAGAUGAUUUGAGUAGACAAAUGGAUGCUUUGAUAGCGCUAAGGAUUAAGGUGGAGAAUCCAGAGCUUGAAGGAGCAAAUAUAGGGAAUCUUGCCACCAAUGGAGUUUCCUUGAAUUCGGCAUCAGUUGCUCAUCCCAUCAAUGACAGAACUAGAAACCCAGAAUGGUCACAUAUGGAAGUGAUUCAAGAAGUUGAGAUGAGCAACGAAACAAAUUCAGAAGAUGAUAAGAGAGGCAGUGAUGAUGAGAACUCUGCCUCUUGUAGCCAGGGGAAAGCCACUCAUAACAUUGAGGGAUUUAGACCGGCUUCGUUAGAAGUUUUAGAUCAUGUAAAGAUCAAUGUUGAACCUGAAACACCUGUAUCUACAAUGAAAAAUAUCAUUGCAAGUUCGAAAUCAGACUUGUCCUAUAGCAAGGAAGAACUAAGGAAAGCAGAGGAACUGAUGGCUCGCGCUUUUAUGGCAUUCCACCAAAAGCUUCGACUUCUGAAAAGCUACUGCUUCUUGAACCAAUUAGCAUUCUCCAAGAUCAUGAAAAAAUAUGACAAGAUCACUUCACAGAAUGCAUCAAAAGCUUACCUAGAUAUGGUGGACAGUUCGUAUCUGGGAAGCUCUGAAGAGGUUACUAAGCUCAUGGAAAGGGUGGAGGCUACAUUCGUUAAGCACUUUGCGAAUGGGAAUCAUAGAAAAGGAAUGAACACUUUAAGACCAAAAGCUAAGAGGGAAAAACACAGAACUACAUUUUCACUGGGUUUCUUCUCUGGCUGCUCUUUUGCACUUAUGAUUGCAGUUAUUGUGCUAAUACAUGCUAGAGAUGUCCUCAACAGUUCAGGAGGUCCAAAGUAUAUGGAAAACAUAUUUCCAUUGUACUCAUUGUUUGGAUUUAUAGUCCUGCACAUGAUCAUGUAUGCUGCAAAUAUAUACUUCUGGAAACGAUACAGGGUCAAUUAUGCAUUCAUAUUUGGCUUCAAGCAAGGAACAGAAUUGGAUUAUAGAGAAGUCUUGCUUCUUGGUUCAGGUCUGGCAGUGCUUACACUGGUUGGUGUCCUUUCAAAUUUGGAUAUGGAAAUGGAUCCAAGAACAAAAAGCUUCACAGCAAUUACUGAAUUAAUCCCUUUGGGCCUACUCACUCUUGUGCUUCUGAUAACAUUCUGCCCUUUCAAUAUAAUAUACCGGUCAAGUCGCUUCUUCCUGAUCCAAUGUGCUCUUCAUUGUCUACUUGCUCCUCUUUAUAAGGUUAUCCUCCCAGAUUUCUUCUUGGCAGAUCAACUUACUAGCCAGGUGCAAGCAUUCAGAAAUUUGGAAUUCUAUGUUUGCUACUAUGGCUGGGGAGACUUCAAAAAGAGGUCAAAUAGAUGCUACGAAAGCAAAGUUUUUGAAAGUUUUUAUUUUGUUGUAGCAAUGAUUCCAUAUUGGAUCCGUUUCCUUCAGUGUCUUCGCCGAUUUUUUGAAGAAAGAGACUCAAUGCAAGUGUAUAACUCAGUAAAAUACCUGUCAACAAUUAUUGCGGUUGCCUUGAGGACAUUUUAUGAUCUGAAAAGGGGAAUGACUUGGAAGAUCUUGGCUGCGGCCACCUCAGGUUUUGCAACCAUUAUUAGUACAUACUGGGACAUUGUAAUAGACUGGGGUCUUCUAAGACCAAAUUCAAGAAAUCCAUGGCUUAGAGAUAAGCUUGUUAUACCAAAGAAAAGUGUUUACUUUGUAGCAAUGGGGCUGAAUGUUUUGUUAAGACUUGCUUGGAUGCAGACAGUGUUGGGCUUUAGACAAGUUCCUUUCCUACAUAGAACAGCAUUAACUGCAAUUGUUGCCUGCUUGGAGAUAAUUCGGCGUGGCAUCUGGAAUUUCUUCAGGUUGGAGAAUGAACACUUGAAUAACGUUGGCAAGUUUAGGGCAUUUAAGUCAGUACCAUUACCUUUCUACUAUGAUGAUGAUGAAGACAAGAGUGUAUAAACAUUGUAUAAGAUUGAAAAGCAUUGAAUUGACACCCACGAUUUUUUUUUUUUU